GUCAAGCUUAUUGAACGUUCGCCGAGUCCUUUAUACCGUCUCCAUCUCACGUGGUGGCACGCGUUGAUUCAGCAUGCCCGAUACGACGGCAGAACCGGCAAAGAUGGCCGACGACGGCUUCAAGAUCGUCCAGAGAAAAGCCAACCGAAAGCGCAAGAUGGCAGUCGACGAGGACGAGGAUGCCAAAAAAGGACGGCCCCUUUACCCUCCCGCCAAGCAGGAGAAACUGGAAGGCAAGACAGAGAUUCGGAAGAUACCCAUACCUGCACACAGGCGGAGACCACUGCAUGAUAACUGGGGGAAGAUCCUCACGCCCAUCGUGGAGCACCUUUACCUGCAGAUACGGUGGAAAAAAGACACCCACUGCGUUGAAAUUCGGACCUGCAAGGAAACCAAAGAGCCUAGUGCACUUCAAAAGGCUGCCGAUUUCGUGCGGGCGUUUGCCAUGGGCUUUGACGUUGACGAUGCCCUGGCUCUGGUUCGUCUAGAUGAGCUCUUUCUCGAGUCGUUUGACAUAGAAGAUGUGAAGACCCUCAAGGGGGAUCACAUGGCCAGGUGCAUCGGGCGACUGGCGGGAAAGGGUGGCCGGACCAAGUUCACCAUUGAGAACGUCACCAAGACUCGUAUCGUCCUCGCUGACAGAAAAGUACACAUCCUUGGUUCCUACCAGAACAUCAGGGCUGCACGGACGGCUAUUUGCAAUUUGGUCCUUGGUAAACCACCAUCGAAGGUCUAUGGAACAAUGCGGCAGCUGGCAAACCGUAUAGGAGAAAGAUUCUAAUUUAUUUAUUUGAAGUUGUGGAACAGAACUAGGUACCUAAAAGAAGCUAGUCCCAAGAUCUGCUACCACCACACCAGCAGCAAGCGGAAUCUCUCUUCCCCCAUUUCAGCAUUAGAAAUGGCAACUGCUGGGAGAGGAGACUCUUCAGAUUAAAAUGUGUGAAAUGGUGUUUCACA